CAGCUACGAGAACGCCAAAGAGGAACAUGGGCAGCCUUUUUCAAAUCCUGCUUGCACUUUUUAUCUCUGUCAUAGGGGCCCUCUACCUUUUGGGGUCUUUUCGCCGCAGGCGACCUGGAGAACCCCCUCUGGAUAAGGGACCUAUUCCCUGGCUUGGUCAUGUUCUGGAAUUCAGGAAGGACACAGCCAAAUUCCUGCAGAGAAUGAAAGAAAAACAUGGAGAUAUUUUUACAGUGCAGCUGGGAGGCUUUUAUUUCACUUUCAUUACAGAUCCACUUUCUUUUGGCUCAGUGGUGAAAGAGGCAAGAACAAAGCUGGACUUUACUAAAUUUGCAGAACUACUAGUUGCAAGAGUAUUUGGCUAUCAUUCCUUGGAAAAUGAACACAAGUUUCUCCAGGCAUCAAGUAACAAGCACCUCAUGGGAGAUGGUCUGGUUGUCAUGACUCAGGCCAUGAUGUGCAAUCUUCAGAAUUUGAUGCUCCACAGCGUUGGAUCUGGGAAUGACAAGCCAUGGCAAGUAACUGGACUAUUUGCUUACAGCUACAACAUUGUCUUUCGCGCUGGCUAUCUGGCACUGUUUGGUAAUGAGUCACACAAAAGUACAGGGACUUUGGAAAAAGCUAAGGAAAUUGACCGGGAACAUUCAAAUGAACUUUUCUGGGAAUUCAGAAAAUAUGACCAGUUAUUCCCAAAUCUGGCUUAUGGUGUCCUGGGACCCAGUGAGAAGAUGGAGUCAGAGCGUUUGAAAAGGUUGUUCUGGAACACACUUUCAGUGCAGAAGAUGAGAUCUAGAGACAACAUCAGCAGGUGGGUACAUGAACAGCAACAGGUGAGAGCUGACCAGGGCAUGCAAGAGUUCAUGCAGGAUCGAUACAUGUUUCUGCUUCUGUGGGCAUCUCAGGGAAACACAGGUCCUGCAGCAUUCUGGCUACUCUUGUAUCUGAUGAAGCACCCUGAGGCUAUGAACAGCAUUAAGAAUGAAGUUGAGCGGGUGCUCAGAGAAACAGGGCAGGAAGUAAAACAAGGUGGGCCACUAAUUGACCUGACUAGGGAUAUGCUUCUCAAAACUCCCAUUCUAGACAGUGCAGUGGAGGAGACUCUCCGUCUUACAGCUGCCCCUGUCCUUACAAGAGCUGUCAUGCAGGAUAUGACCAUCAACAUGGCCAACGGACAAGAGUACAAGAUCCGUGAGGGUGACAGAGUGGCGAUUUUCCCCUACACAGCUGUUCAGUUAGACCCAGAAGUUUACCCAGAUCCCUUCACCUUCAAGUUUGAUCGUUUUCUCGCACCAGAUGGAAGCAAAAAGACUGAUUUCUAUAAGGGUGGAAAGAAACUCAAGUAUUACAACAUGCCUUGGGGAGCAGGAACCACUAUGUGUCCAGGAAGAUUCUUCGCCACAAAUGAGCUGAAGCAGUUUGUCUUUCUCAUGUUGUCCUACUUUGACUUCGAGCUCAUAAAUCCAAAUGAAGAGAUUCCAGGCAUUGAUAUCAGACGAUGGGGCUUUGGCUCCAUGCAACCAACUAAAGACAUCCAGUUUAGAUACAGACUUCGAUUUUAAAAAAAAUAUUAUUCUAUGAUUUAAUACACUGAAGCUUCAACAAAACUUAUUAUCAGACAGUAUUCCUUUAUGGAAGCUGACUUUAAAACCGACAUGCUCACAUUUCCCUGUUAACCUGGAAAAGGUUAAUUACUGUCCUAAAUACCUGACGUGUUGCUUUUGAUAUAUCUCACAGCCUGGAAGUCUCAACAGUCCCAUGUGCUUGCAUUUACUCUGUGUUACACAAAUAUUGUAUCUAUGCAAGAACAAAUGUCAUACAACAUACACAGGAACAAGAUAUUUUUGUGUAUAAUCAUCUACUUAAAAUUAAAAUCAACAUAUUGUGCUGAUUGCGCAUGUGCUAUUUGAGAGAAAAACAAGAUAGUGAAGUGUAUAUCAUAUAUAAAAUAAAGACAUUAAGCUCCUUGUC